GGGCAUCAGUCGGCGCUGCACACGCAACGUGUACGGAGGCGAUAAGCGGCGGUCGUCGUCGCGCUCAGCAUACAUAGAUGCCGCUGGGAGCAGGUGGUCGCCUGCUGGUGCUGGCGGCUGGAGCGAGCUCAGUGCUGCUGGCGCUGCUGGUGGUGGCCUGUCUGGUGGGGCCCGGCUGCUGCCUCUACGAGUACCUGCACCGCAAGGAGAGCCGAGAGAGGCGCAGGCAGAGGCUGCUGCAGAACUGUGACCUCCCCAUCCCAGGGAAUGUCAAGCUCACUGCUGCCAAAAUCAUCGACAAUGAUUUAAAUGAUGCUCCAGGGUCUGAUACAUCUGAUUCUGUAUCUUCAUUGCCACAUAUAGUACGCAACUCAAAAGAUACUGGCCGUGCUGAUGUUUCAACUGUAUCUAGCGAUGUUUCACUGUUGGGUCGGAUGCAACAUCGUGACUCAACAUAUAGCUCUAUGUCUGAGAGCACUGAGAGAUCUUCUUCAUUCAGGAGUGUUUCAACAAUUACCAGCAAGGAAUCAAAUGGCAGUGCAACAGAUCUGAAUAGUCCACAGAUAAAACUAAUAUUACAGUACUUAUCAGCUGAGGAUGGUGGAACAGGCAAACUUACAAUCUGUAUAAAGGAGGUGCAGAGAUUACCACCAAGGGACUACAUUGGUGGGCUGGAACCAUAUGUAGUGAUGGUGAUAGUUCGUUCUGGCUGGCCACUACAUCGCCGUGCAGGGCCACCUCUCCAUACUUUUCGAACAAGGACUCUUAGGCAUUCAUUUAAUCCACACUUUGACCAAACUUUCACUGUGGAAGCAAAAAAAUCUGAGGUGAAGGAGUGGUGUCUACGAGCCACAGCCUAUGAUCAAGACAGGUUCGGAAACCCAACUGAACUCUGUUCCCUUGACCUUGCUCUCAGAGAAGUCAAGGGCCUAACCAGCAGUCAGGAGGAGAAGCUGCUCACACUCAGUCUGGCACCAUCUUCAAAGGAACUAGGUCAGAUACUUUUUGGACUGAGUUUCCUUCCCACAGCUCAACGUCUGUCAUUUUGUAUACUCAAAGCAGCAAAUUUAAAGUACUUGGAAGUUACUGAGUCUCUUGGAAGUUUUUAUCCCUUCGUCCGCGUCAUCCAGCUGAACAUGUCCACGGGGCGUUCACUGCGGCGCAAGAAGACGACUUUCCGGCACGCCUCAGAGAAUCCCGAGUUCAACGAGACGCUGACGUUCGACGUGGCGCCGAGCCAGCUGGAGUCGGCGACGUUCCUGGUGCUGGUGUGCACGCGGUGCCCGGACAGGCGCGCGGGCGGCGAGGAGAAGUCGCGCGCCGGCCACGGCCCCAAGGACCGCUGCCUGGGCAAGCUGGCGCUGGGGCGCGCCGUCGCCACCAGGAAGAGCCGCGACCACUGGCUGGCCAUGCUCGCCUCGCCCCGCACCGUCAUCUCGCUCUGGCACACCCUCAAGUGAGCCGCCGCCCUGUGCGCUGGUACUCCGGCCGCGUGCCGCUGGAACACACCAACUCUUCUGCGUAGCCAGCACGUUCUCGACACGAGCACAGAUCGGGCCCGUUGCAGUUAUACGCCAGAAUCUCCGAAGACUUCCUCGUUAUGAGCCCGAUCGGAACGAUAACAUCCUCCAGAACUUAGACCAUAAGGUUUUUCAUGUUUGGAUCAAAAAGAUAUAGGUUACCUAAUCUGUAUGUUCGUUGAAAUCGUUUGAAGAAUAAAGAUAAGUUUAUCUGUUUCAUA